GUGUAACCGAGAGCAUAGUUUUCUGCCCGCCGACAGUUCCGUAGGGUGGACUAACACUGGGCUUUCUUUUUGAAUGUCGUCUCCGCUACUACGGACGUCACGCUCUCUGUGCUCAUCGUGUCUUCGUUGGCAGCGUCACAGACUCUACUCGUCACAAGCAGCGUUCGCGACCUCGGCUGUUCCAAUAAGUGACCUUCAGCAGACAGAAACACUAUCUGCUGGACCUAGUAAUGCGCUAGCGAAGGCAACAACGCGAAAGCUGCCCAAAGCCCCCGGAGAAACGAAGGCAGGGCGGCUGGUGGAUAAUGAUACACCCUCACAGUCUCGAAAUCCACUAGAACCGACUCGUGUCGACCUAUACCUCGCCUCAAUACACGCUGCUGGCUUGGAACCAACCUUGGAUGAUAUAGAGCGCUGCAGACCUAAGAGACACUCAUCACCGGAGUCGUCUAAAUAUGCAGAAGAGUAUAAUAAUCUCUUGGACACGCUCUGUCGGUCCUUCAGCAAGGACCAGCUAAGGAAUUUUACAGAGUUAUAUAACCUUGGCCCUAUAUGGACGCGUAGCUCCAGACGGAAAGUAGAAUAUGCGGAAUCCAUUAUGGAGAAGCAGUGGAACUGGCCCUCUCUGAAGGAAAUCGAGAGAAGGCAGAGGGACAAGACAGAGGUUGUUAUAAAGACAUUCUCUGUCAACCCAAGUCAACUUUUUCUCAUACUUGGUAAAGAUGGGGCCGACUUAUUGCAGCUUUCUAUGCAAUAUAACGUCCACAUUUCGCUGGCUUCUAAUCCACUUGCCUUGCGAGUGGAGGGAUUCAGAGGCACAAUGAAGCAACUCACAGAACACUUGAGUGAACUGAAAAAGGGUAUUAUUGAUGAAAUCAUUGAACUGCCUUCAAAACAACCUAUUCGUCAGGACCUGGUCCAACGCAUAUCGCGUCUUGCUGGCGCUUACGUGGAGAACCUUGGCCACAAGGGCAAGAUCAGGAUUUGUGCUAAAGACACCGACAAAAUGGACACUGCAAAACGACUCGCUAUCCGUGCUUCAACGGAGACUCAAGGUGGUCAUUCUUCACCCCUCCUUUGCUACGUACCAGCAAAGGCAACGCUCGAGCAUUCUGUAGCGCCUUCCUUCAUGCCACACACGUACUCUAUCUACCCUUUCCUCUCCCCUCGGUCUUUACCUUGGACGAUGAUGAAAGGUGCAUCUUUCCGGGUCCGCAGAGUUGCAGAUUGGCUCGGUGGUACUGCCGUCGAAGAUACGACGAAAACAGGUGGUUUGGCAGGCGGGCAAGGAAAAAUGGUAACCAAAACUGAGGAAUCUACAGACCUUGAGGCAUUGCUCCUCAGUGCCCCAAAGGCCCACGGUCACGAGAGAGUCGUCUCCGCCUCCUUUGGACACAUCGUUCUUGGAUCUGCAUCACCGACCGGACAUAGUGUCCUCAUUCCCCCUUUCAAGGGAAAUUGGACAUUAUCAAAAAUUCUCAAAUGGUUGCACACUUCAAAUACUGCGCUCACGUUUGUUCCCAGCCUUCCUGCUACAUUAUUGAAUUCGCCACCUUCGAACCAAAAAGUCAUUCACCGCGUCUUGUAUCGCACGCUUCCAGAGUCCCGACUUGAGAAUAGUCUCCAUCAACAAUUAAUCAAGCUAGAAUUGGAGUUUUCGACGUCAAACAUGGGCGAGACCAAAGCAGCAGCACUUGAGCACAGUAACUCAGAUCGCGAAUUGGCGGGUGACUUGACUAUGGAACUCGAUGCCGAUCAUGACCUUUCAUAUUCUCUGGAUUCAUUCCAGGGCCCGGCCACUCCAGGAGGACCUUUGAAGUAUGCAGAGCAAAACCCUCAAGAGGUGGUUGUCAACGUUUCUGAAGCAACGUGCCUCGAAGGCGUUGAAUCCACGCUGGAUAUUAUGAUGCCUGAUCGUCCAAUGGAUGUUCAAUUCACUGUCUUUGAACACGCAUAUGUUGGUGCAGGUGACCAGCCUCCGCUGCUUGUUGAUUAUACGAAGCAACUUCGACAUUUUCUAACGUCUCAAGAUCGAGAAGCACCUCAACCACAACCGCCUGUUACACUCAACUUUCGCGGUCGGAUCUACUUCCUUCAGACUAGCUUAAGUGUGCGCAAAGUUACUGAGACACCCCAGCUAUCAACAGGCACUGGCGGGAGCGCGGAGCAGUCUAUUUCUGCGCAAGUCAUAACAGAAAGUGUGUUGGACUUGGAGAGCAACCAGAAGUUUACAACUUGUCAGGUUGCGCUUGAUAACUCGGCAGGUGGUGAAGCUUGGACUCGGUUCCUCGCAUCGUGCGACCUUAUCAGCACCGUUUCAAUCCCUGCUCAGGGUCUUAAGGCAGAUCUCUCAGUCCCUUAGCUUACCAUCAUUGUAUACACUAAACUAAUCAUCGAUGCUCUCGAAGUCAUGGAUGUGAUGAA